AUGGUAUGUACCGUAUUUGAUACCAAAACUCCAGUCACUUUAGCCCAAGUUAUUAAAGUCUUAGGUAGAACCGGUUCAAGAGGUGGUGUUACUCAAGUUAGAGUUCAAUUUAUUGAAGAUUCUACUAGAACCAUCGUUAGAAAUGUCAAAGGUCCAGUCAGAGAAGGUGAUAUCUUAUGUUUGAUGGAAUCUGAAAGAGAAGCUAGAAGAUUACGUUAA